UUCCAGUGCUGGUCCCAGUCCAGUCCCAGUCCCAGUCCCAGUGCUGGUCUCAGUGCUGGUCCUAGUCCUGGUCCCAGUCCUGGUGCUGGGUCCCAGUUCCAGUUCUGGUCCCAGUCCCAGUGCCAGUACAGUUCCAUCCAGUCCCAAUCCCAGUCCCAGUUCCAGUUCCAGUUGCAGGUCCAAGUCCAGGUCCCUGUACCCGUCCCAGUCCCAGUCCAAUCCCUGGCUCCAUCAUGAUGCUCGUCCCAGUCCCAGUCCAAGUCCAGUCCCAGUCCCAAUCAUCAUGGUGGUCCCUGUGCUGGUCCCAGUCCAAGUCUAG